GAUAUACCGAGAUUUGCGGGAGCGGCGACGCAGAUGGCCUGGAACAGACGGGCAGCGAAGCAUUUGUGUGCAUCGAGAAAGACCAGGGGCAUCGGUCAUGCUGGCUGCGGGCGGCCAGCGUGAUGCGCGAGAGCGGCGACGCUCGUCGUGGGAUGGCAAUGACGAAAGGCAAGCGCAAGCAAUGCGACGAGGGAGUUGGGGGUAUCAUCCAGGUGAUAAGCUGAUCGUCUGCCCGGCAUGGGAGCGAUUGGUCACAGACUCGCAGAUGGGAGAGAGGCGACCCACGACGAUUUCGGUAGCAUCGGGAGGGCUUGAGCGGCUCAUCCAGCUCGCCCGAGUCAACCUCGGCGACAUUGCGGCGGGUCGCAUUAUUUGCUGUUCACUCCAACUUGCUCUGAUCCAACAAAGCGCGCGGUCCCAGCGAGAAGCUGCUUCGUCGCCGUCAGCCCAUCCGCCCAUCGCCAACAUGCUCUCCCAGUCACCCGAAUCGACAUCCUCGCCUGCCCGCCUACAGUAUCUCGUGCUCUCGCUGCUCUACGGCGAGAUUGUAGACAUUCUGCUCCUGUCCGAGACAAGCAAAUGGGAACCGGCGCUCCAAAAGUUCCUGUCGCUCGAGCACAAGACCCAGCUGAAGCUGGGGCAAAGCUCGGAUCCCGCUCGAUGUCAAUAUGGCAUCGACCUGGCCUCCUGGACUUCGUUCGUGUCCGAUCCGAUCGACGCCGAGGUCCCUCCUGAGCUGCUGGUGCUGCUUUCGCAAGAGAUCGAAGCCCGCCUAUCGGAAAAGGCUGCUCUGGUGCUUCGGGCACUGCAUGGACAACCCGAAGUCGGGGGCUCGGCCGUCGCCUCAGCAUCGCUCGAGGAUCAGCUGGAGGAGUCUGUGGCCACGAUCGUCGAUAAGAUCCAAGCGGUCCAAGGCAUGGAGCGAAAGGCAGAUGAGCUCCGAGCAGCGAUCGUCCAGCAGGCGCUGCAAUAUCAGCAGGAAUGCCUCGGGACUCUUCAGGCGAUGGGCACCUUGAUCGAGCGACACAUCCAGACGCUCGGCAGCGAGAAGAGCAGCAUCUUCAAUGGAUACUUUGGCCGGCUCAAUGAUACCAUCUUCCUGAAGCUGAGGUGUCUCAAGACGGAGAUGCUGCUCAAUUUCGCCAAGGGCAAGCACAGCGACUCGCUCAAGAGCAUUCGAUCGAACCUGCAGCGGGUCAAGAGCAUCAUCCAAGAGCGGCUCCGGGAAGUGCUGCAGCAACUUAGGGACUUUGAUACAGGCCCAGAGUACCAGAACAUUGUUCUGCAGUAUGCUCAGGUUGUCAAGGACAUUGCGAUCGUCGAGUCGGAUCUGGAAAAGAUUGGGGCACCUGCGAGUGUGUAUUAGAGUCUGCCGAGCAAGCCGACCAGCGAUGCGCGGAGGAACAGGCGAAUACAUUGCAACUGGAAACAAUC